CCCCACCCCCGCCGCUCACUGCUCCCGAGCCCCCUCCCCCUGCGCCCGCCUCGGCCCGCCCCCCCUCCUUUUUCUCUGCCCGGCUUUGAUCUCUGCUUAACAACAGUAACGUCACACGGACUACAGGGGAGUUUUGUUGAAGUUGCAAAGUCCUGCAGCCUCCAGAGGGCUGUCGGCGCAGUAGCAGAGAGCUGCAGACUACGCGCGCUCCGGAGACCGGUCGUAGAGCGCGAGGCAGCGCGCGUCAGCAGCAGACACCGGAGCCCAACCCGGACCACAGCCCUCCCCAGGCGGCCGCGCCAUGGAACACCAGCUCCUGUGCUGCGAAGUGGAGACCAUCCGCCGCGCGUACCCUGACACCAAUCUCCUCAACGACCGGGUGCUGCGAGCCAUGCUUAAGACUGAGGAGACCUGCGCGCCCUCCGUUUCUUACUUCAAGUGCGUGCAGAGGGAGAUUGUGCCAUCCAUGCGGAAAAUCGUGGCCACCUGGAUGCUAGAGGUCUGCGAGGAGCAGAAGUGCGAAGAGGAGGUCUUCCCACUGGCCAUGAACUACCUGGACCGUUUCUUGUCUCUGGAGCCCCUGAAGAAGAGCCGCCUGCAGCUUCUGGGGGCCACCUGCAUGUUCGUGGCCUCUAAGAUGAAGGAGACCAUUCCCCUGACUGCCGAGAAGUUGUGCAUCUACACUGACAACUCUAUCCGCCCCGAGGAGUUGCUGCAAAUGGAACUGCUUCUGGUGAACAAGCUCAAAUGGAACCUGGCCGCCAUGACUCCCCACGAUUUCAUCGAACACUUCCUCUCCAAAAUGCCAGAGGCGGAUGAGAACAAGCAGAUCAUCCGCAAACAUGCACAGACCUUUGUGGCCCUCUGUGCCACAGAUGUGAAGUUCAUUUCCAACCCACCCUCCAUGGUGGCUGCGGGGAGCGUGGUGGCCGCGAUGCAGGGCCUAAACCUAGGCAGCCCCAACAACUUCCUCUCCUGCUACCGCACAACGCACUUUCUUUCCAGAGUCAUCAAGUGUGACCCGGUCAAGGCCCUGGCCACCGGCCUCUGGCUAAACAAGGACUCCCUCCAUCUCCGCCCGCCUCUCCAGGACUGCCUCCGUGCCUGCCAGGAACAGAUUGAAGCCCUUCUGGAGUCAAGCCUGCGUCAGGCCCAGCAGAACAUGGAUCCCAAGGCCACCGAGGAGGAAGGGGAGGCGGAGGAAGAAGCUGGUCUGGCUUGCACACCCACCGACGUCCGAGAUGUGGACAUCUGAGGGCCACCGGGCAGGCGGGGUCACCAAGUAGUGGCAUCCGCGAAGAGAAAGGAGCCAGCCCGGGUGCUCCUGACGAGGUCCCCCUUGGGGAUGUGUUGUUACCAGAAGGGGAAGUUUUGUUCUCUUUGUUGGUUGUUUUUCCUUAAUCUUUCUCCUUUCUAUCUGAUUUAAGCAAAAGAGAAAAAAAAUACCUGAAAGCUGUCUUAAAGAGAGAAAGAGAGAUAGAAUUCGCAUCACCCUGAGUAUAGGGAGACGGGGGGUGCUACAAAAAUAGAAUUCUGUACCCCAGUAAUCAACUAGUUUUCUAUUAAUGUGCUUGUCUGUUCUAAGAAUAGGAUUAACACACAGGAAGUCUUGAGAAGGAUUUUUGAUUCUUUUAUGUGUUUAAGAAAAAAAAAAAGCUUAAGAAACAUUGCUUUAAAAAAAGAAGGAAAAAAAAUACAGCAAACCAUUGUUAAAGUAGAAGGGUUUUAGGUAGAGAAAUGUACUCUGCUUUGCUGAAAAGGCACAGCUUUGGCAAGGUCCUCAACCUCACUCCCCUGCUUGUUCAGUGCCUACAGCCCUGUUACCUGAUGAUACCUGUGCUUUAUCCCAGGAGUGGGCAGACCUCUUAACCUUACUGAUGGUCGAUUCGACCUCUAGCGGCCUCGUGGCGUGUGGCACCCUCCAGGGCUCAUGUUAUGGGUCCUCUGCCCCCCCACAACCUGCAGGUUCACAGAGCGCCAGCCAGCCACGCAGCGGUAGGGAUGAAAUAGUGACAUAAUAUAUUCUAUUUUUGUAACCUUCCUGUUUUGUAGUUCCUGUUUAGAGAGAUGCUGGUUUUUGCCUGGUGGCCCUGCAGCCCGCUCACAUCAGGUUGAACCCAUAGCUUUUCUUUUGUGUGUGGUUUGUUUUGUUAUGUUUUCCUUCUCCGUGUUCCAAAACCAUUCCAUUUCAAAGCACUUUUGGUCAGCUAGCUGGAGGCAGUGUUGCUGGGUGUGUGUGUGUGUGUGUGUGUGUGUGUGUGUGUGUGUGUGUGUGUGUGUGUGGGGGGAGGGGGUCUAGUGGAAUGGUUGGGGGAUGUCCACACACUCAAUUCUGAUGGGUGCACAGCAGGUGUGUAGGGCUGGUAGCAUGAGGUGCUUGGGAAGUUUUGUUGGGUCGAGAAGAGAAAGCUCUGUUCUCGUACCACCGGGAUCUUCCUGCAAAGUCGGAGGGAUCUUUUGGUGCCAGCUGGCGUUUGGAAGUAGGGACCGUGAUGGCAUUACCUGGACAAGGGGAUUCAGGACGACUCUUAAGUCUUUCACACAGGAGGCUUUUAAACACUAAAAUCUCUAAUUUAUACUUAAGGCUACAGAAGAGUAUUUAUUGGGAAGGUUGCCCAUGACCCGUGUGACUAAAGCAAUGUGAUCUUCCCUUGAUUCAAACGCACACCUUCUGCCCUGCUGGCGAAGGUUUAGGGCCGUGUCUGAGAGACUGGUCUUUUAUUGGGCAAGUGGGGGU